AUGGCGCACACGGCCGUAGCCCGGGACGGACGCGGCGGGGCACCGGGCGCUUGCGGCACCGAGGCGAACGGCAUCGGGGCGGGGGCGGGCACGCAGCCGCGGCCUGAGAGCGCGCUCGUGGAUCCCGCGUGGCCGGAGGCUAGCCGGGCUGGGGCGUCUCGCCGGCCACGGCUAUCUGAUCCAACAGGAAUUCUGGAGCCACUUCCAAGCCAGGACUCGGCAGCCACAAACAUGAAUGCUAAUUUGAACUUCAAGCAAAUGAAAAGUGCUAUACUGGAGCAUUUUCCUUUAACUUAUUUGUGUAAUAUUUUAACCUUUAGUGUUAUUUUUGCAUUAUGGGUUCUACCUUUGGCUCUGGACCAGCAAGAGGAAGCUCAUUAUCCAAGAGGCAGAGGAUACUUAUUUUCCUUGUGCUCCCGACGGUCUGACUGCUCUGAUUGGCUUUCAGAGCUCCUGAGGAAGUUUGUGGUCGCCGAGGGUGGCGACGACGCGGACGCCCCCACCAGCCUGUUCACCUUCCGCUCGGACGCCAACGCGUAG